UUGUAUCUUUCAGAUGUUAUAUUAUGACAUGUGCCAUAUCUGCAUUAAUUGACCUUAAUAUUAGUUGGACGCAUUUUGAAUUCAUGGCGAUUAAUGCGAGAUUGUGUGGCAGAUUCAUCCUUUCAUUUAGAACAUUUAUUUCCAUAUCUUCAUAUAUGGUUCCAUAUGAAAUUUGAUGAUCACACACUCAUGUAUGCAUGUUAUUAGUAUUGUUUUCUAUAUCUUCUGUUAUUAAAUACAUUUAAUUAUGCCCUUGUACAUAUUCUCCGCAAAAGGUGAAUCGUCCAUUUCUUUAAGGAUUUUUAUUUGGGAUUGGUGCCAGCCAAAUUUCCUCUACGAAGAAAGCAUCUAUGGAUGUCCUCUAUAUAAAGGAUUGGCGGAAAGCUGACUGUGCUGUUCUCAUAUCCUUUCUCUAUGGGUACCCAAAAUGUUUAGACUUGUUCAAGUGUUGCAAGCAAUUUCUAUGUGUGCGUUCUUGCUUGUAGAUGCAAGAGCUGUCCGAUUGUAUCCUUCUCUUCAAGAGGAAAAUAAUUCAUUAGGGCAAUAUCUGCUACAUGCUGCACCCAAUCAGAAGAUGAUGCUGUAUAAGACAUUCAUGAUGUCAAACUCCAUUCUGACAAGAAAAGUUGUACACGACAUUAAUUCAGCGAAGGUGUCAUAUUUUGCCACGCAUCAAUCUACUGGUCCUAAUGAGAAUUACUACGGGCUACGUGCGACGAUGGAUGUGUAUGGUCAUGAACUAAAACCCGGUCAGCUGAGUGGAGGUGCACUUUGGGUCAGUCAUUUCGGUGACGAUGGCAAACUAUCAAGCUAUAAUGCAGUUGGCGCUGGUUGGCAUAUUGAUCCUGAACGCUAUGGCGACUCUCGUCCUCACUUUUAUACUUCCUGGACGAGAGAUGGCUAUGCGACCACUGGGUGCUACAAUAUGGACUGCCCAGGUUUUGAACGAGCAAACGGUGCUGCGGUUGCACCAGGUGCUUCUAUUGACCCAGUUUCAGAUGACAAAAGCCUACAGAGUAUUACAGUUGAAGUGCUGUUGGACAGGGACAAGUGGAGAUUGGUGGGUGUACUAUGGCUUCAACGGUGUUCCCACGGGGGUGGGCUCUUACCCAAAAUCUCUGUUCACUAAUAUGGCAGAGAAGGCGAAUGCUAUCGCGUUUGGUGGCUAUGUGGUUACUCGACGAGCACUGCCUACUCCACCAAUGGGAAGCGGGUCUCACCCACAUACUAAUAAGAGCCGUGCUGCAUCACUGACUAAUCUUGGUGUGAUCAAUCAGGAUGGAAACACCAACCCUAUCAACGCAGACUUGCCUACUUAUAUGGGCAAUGAGUAAUGCUACUCUAUUACUCCUGUUGCGCAGGCUGAGUGCUUUUAUGGCGGGCCUGGUGGAUGCAUGCCCUAACUUGUUUUCUUUUUCGAACUUUGAUCUAUCCAGAAAGUUAUUUUGAUCUA